CAACGGUGACAAUAUUUCAGAGUUUAAUGGUUUGACAUCAAGCAAUUGUAGUUCAAAUACGGUACAAGGCAGCUGUACAGUACAGUGGUGUACAGGAUGUCCUUGUCCCCUGGCCCUAUGUACGGGGCCCCUCAGACCCCUGUACCUGUACAGAUAUCAGAGGAGAGUGUCACGUCAUCAGCCAAUUAUGCAGAACCUCCCAGACCAUAUGACUCUGUUGGGACAACAGCAACAGCUCAAGUAGUAACGCCAUCUCCUUCCAACACACCUUCCCUACCACAUUCCCAACCUGGAACUCCAUCUCAUUCCCAACCACAUACUUCUCAUUCCCAACCUCACCCACCACAUUCACAACCCCACACUCCCUCGCAUUCCAACAGUCAUCCCUCCUCACAUCCGCAAUAUCAACAUCAACAACAUUUUGGUCAUAAUAACUACCAGCAUAGUAUGUAUGGGCAACAGCAAGUGUACCCUCAACAACAACAGCAGGUUGUUCAUGUACAGUUUACCCAACAACACCCUCAACCUCCUCCACAGCAUUACCAAACUCAUUCCCAACAGCAGCAGUAUCACCAACAACAACAACAUUCCCAGAUGCAUCAACCGAUACAGCUGCAGCAACAUUCUCAAAUGCAUCAUCAGGGAUCCAUUCAACAACAGCAACAAAUGCAACAUCAUCAACAGCAGCAGGGACCUCAACAGCAACAAAUACAUCCUCAACAACAGCCGGGACAACCUCAACAUAUUAACGCCCAAGCGGGUGGACAUCCUGUUCAGCCACAGGGACAUCUACAACAACAGCAACAACAACUUCAUCAUACUCAACAUAUGAACAAUCAACAUCAGGCUCCUGUUCAUCUGCAACCAGGCCAACAUCCACAGGUUGUCAAUAUCCAACAUCAACAUCCCAACGGAGCCUCCUCCCCCCGGCACCCUUCCCCUCAUCCCUCUCCUCAUCCAACGGCUCAUCCCUCCCCUCAACCCUCACCAAAUCAUUUCCAACAAGUUCCUCAUCCUGGCCCUCAGCCAGCCCAGGAGGGAAUCCAACAGCUACCACAGCAGCAUCAACAGCUUCCUCAGCAACACCAACAGCAUCCAUCUCAGCAGCAUCUCCAGCAUAUGCAGCAGCAGCGAACUCUUCAACCACGACAUCAACAGCUUCUGCCAGGGGGACAUAUUGGCCAGAAGAUGGUCACCGUUCGUCAUACUCCAAACGGUAAUUGUCUUAACAUUUUUGCACUUAUUGAAACUUAUUCUAUUAAAUGUUGCUACGGUGUGUGUGUACAUCAUUAA